UCAACAAAACUUCAUCUUUGAUUGUUAAUUUGCUUUGAUUGUGUAAGCAAAUAAAUGGGUGUUACGGGGAAGAAACUUUGUUCACUAAAUUGCGAAGUCAGAAUAGUAGAAGCAAGAAACGUAGAGAUCAAGUCACAAGCUCGUACUCUGUUCGUUAGAUUCUAUCUCUCUGCAGGACAAAACAGAAAGAUCGAAGUAAACACGAGAGAUAUCUGUUCGAAGUCAGACAACCUCGUUUGGGAUCAAUCUUUUGAUCUGGAGUGUCAAGGGGACGAAGCAGCCGUCGAUGAAUUGAAGCAACAGAUAGUCGUUUUCGAGCUACGGAGGAAGAAAACGGCAUCGUUUCUCAGGAAGUCAUCGAGAUCGGAGGUUGUGGGAAGAGGAGAGGUUUCAUGGGAUUCGGUCUUCGGGUCGCCAGGCAUGGAAAUUGAGAGAUUUGUUGUGAUGGGUGAAUCGAAAACCCGGGUCUUGGAAGAUGAAAAGCCUGUUUUGUUGAAGAUAGCUUUAAAGGUUCAAGCUUUAGAAAUGGAAAAGAAGUUGAUCAACAAGAAAGAGAAGCUUUGUGUGUGUUGUAGUCGUAGAGAUUGUGGAAGUUGCAAUUGUUUGGAUUACGAAGCUUUUGCUUUAGCUUGUGCUUUAGAUUGUAUUUAAAG